GUUUAUCGAUAGUACGCUGUGAAACAAACAAACACAUAUCUAAACGAUGUGUAUUAAUUUAUUUAAAAGAAAACAAGAGGUUCACGAUGGCUGCGGAAUUGCUGAAAAGAGAGCGUGAGGCGAAUUGUUCCCAUGAGGAAAAAGACUGCUUCCUUGAGUUCAUGGCGAAGCACAUCAGUGUGAUUGAUGACAAACGAAACGAUACCAAAAUGAUAUCAAAGAAGAAGGAUGUAUGGCGCAUUAUAAAAAGUGAUAUGGAAUCACUAGGAUAUGAGAGGGAAAUAAGCAAACUGAGGCAGCAAUGGAUGCGCAUGAAGGCGCAUGCAAAAACCAAUUUGGCAACUGUUCGUAAAGCCCGCACAGCUACAGGCAAUCUUGUGGAAGUUCCUGAGCUCAGUCACAGCGACGAAGAAGUGGUUGAUAUGAUCCAGAUUGAGCUACAGGAAGACAGCAUUUUAAUUGAUAGCAACACGGAAUGUUUGGAGUUGGAGGAGCUGGACCAAUCUCAUCAUGAUGAAUCAGAAGAGCAGCCGAAAUCGACAGAAAAAAGACAUCAACGGGGCGAUAAUUUAGUAAAUGACCUUAGAAAAUUACCAAAAAAAGCAGACAAACAUGACGUUCUACAGGAAAGGCGAAAGCAAAUCCAAAUGGAAACAGAAAUGCAUAAGCUGAAAAUAAAGCACGAAAAAGAGCUCCAUUCAUUACAAAUGGAGCAUAUGAUUGAACUCCAUGAAUUAAAAAAACAGCUACUUAUGGAGCAAAUAAAAAAAGACCAAUCGAAUCCAGAAAGUGUUCCUUUGAUAUACCUGAACUAAGAUAGAUAUGGUUGUAUUAGUAUAACGAUUUUUAUUAGUGAAUUUUAAAGUACCGAGACUGAACCAGCCUUAAGAUUUUUAUAAAUGAAAUUGAGUUACACUCACUCACAUCUAGGUUCUGCAGCGCUUUUUUAUCGAUAUGCACGGUACUGUUCAUGGUCAAUUUAUUUCGUAAUUUGUUUAAAGAGGUAUAGUAAAUUUUACAACAAAGGCUUUAUAACUUCAAACUUUAUAGACAAAUUAUGAAAAUUUCAGGCUUUAAA